UUUGUGUGUUUGGACUGAGUGUCAACAACUUCGGUGUGAAUAAUGGCUGGAUUUGAAGGGGUUUCUGCGCUGUGUGAAAAUACAAACGACGUGUUUUUGGAUGUGUCAAAAUUGCUGCUAACGUAUGCGGACAAUAUCCUGAGGAAUCCCAAUGAGGAGAAGUACAGAUCCAUCCGCAUAGGCAACCCGACCUUCUCCACCAAGCUGCUCCCUGUAAAAGGAGCCGUUGAGUGCCUCUUUGAAAUGGGCUUUGAGGAGGCCGAGACGCACCUGGUGUUCCCCAAGUCAGCGUCGGUAGAUCAGCUGAGGCGAGUGCGAGAGUCUAUCGCUGCGGAGAGAGACCAGAGGCUUGGGACAGGCCAGCGCACACCAAACCCUCAGAGCGCUAACCCUGCCUCGGUUUCUCCUGCCUCUCCUACCUCUGCCCAGGCAUCAGCACCCCAACAGUCAACACAGCCUGCUGCACAGCCUGCUGCACAGCCUGCUGCACGGCCUGCUGCACGGCCUGCUGCACGGCCUGCUGCACGGCCUGCUGCACGGCCUGCUGCACGGCCUGCUGCACAGCCUGCUGCACAACCAGCAACACAACGACAGUCUUUGCAGAGCAGCAUGUCUUUCCUGAGGACCCUGCAGUCAAACUUUCAGCACGUGAUGACGUACGAGAGCCCUGAACUUCAGCGGAAAGCUCUGAGCUGUUUACCCCGGGGACAGCUCUGCUCCAGAGCUAGAGAACGACUGCAGCAGGCCAGGAACGCAGAUCCAAAGUGUAAUCUCGCUGAGGAGGACAUGCUGAUGUUGGAGCUGUUGCAGUGGUUUAAAGGAGAGUUUUUCUCCUGGGUGGACAGUCUGCCGUGCAGCCAGUGCGGGGGUUCAACGCAGUCCUCCGGCUCCCUGUCGCCCUCUGCGGAUGACCUGCGAUGGGACGCUGGCCGUGUUGAGAAUCACUACUGUAACGCCUGCCACCUCUCCACCAGAUUCCCAAGGUACAAUAAUCCUGAGAAACUGCUUGAGACCAGAAGGGGGCGCUGUGGAGAAUGGGCUAAUUGUUUCACCCUGUGCUGCCGAGCGAUGGGCCUGGAGGCCAGGUACAUCUGGGACUGCACAGACCAUGUGUGGACGGAGGUGUACUCUCAGUCACAGCGUCGCUGGCUGCACUGCGAUCCCUGUGAGAAUGUCUGUGAUAAGCCUCUGCUGUAUGAAGAAGGGUGGGGCAAGAAGCUUUCCUACAUUUUCGCUUUCUCCAAAGAUCAGGUGGUGGAUGUGACGUGGAGGUACUCCUGUAAGCAUCAGGAAGUGCUCUCCAGACGUACACAGGUUAAAGAAACAUGGUUGCUGCACACUAUCAAUGGACUAAAUGCAGUGAGGCAGCAGGCUCUGAGUGCUGAGAGGAAGCGGGAGCUCCUGGAGAGGUUAGUUGUGGAGCUGGUGGAGUUUAUCUCCCCUAAGAGCCCCGAACCAGGCGAGCUUGGAGGUCGUAUCUCAGGGUCCCUGGCCUGGAGGGCUGCUCGUGGAGAGACUGGUGCUUCUGGUUCUGAAGAGAAAGCCUCAGGGUUUGUGUUCAUCCCCACGGAGUCUGAGAGGCAGGUGAAGCUGUUCCACCUGCAGUAUAACGUGACCAAAGACUGUUACUGUCGAGUGCACAGUGGCCAAGAGGAGAUUCCAGGCUGGGAGACGGGCGCGUGGAAAAGUGAGUCCGUCUUCAGGAAAGAAGAGCACGACUGGCAGACGGUCUACCUCGCGCGGACGGAGGGUUCUUCCUCAGGCCGAGUGUGCUGGAGGGUUGUGUGCGCGCCCGUGGGGUUGAGGAUCAAGGCGGUCUCUGUCAGAGCCAUCAGUCAGACUUUCCACUCUGGCACAGUGCGCUGGAGCUUGCGCUCUGCCCAGACCACCGUACAGUUCCUUGGAGAUGGCGGAAUGCACUCACUGGCCGGCUUCUCAGGAUCCACAGAACUGGUCGUAGAAGCGGAGCUGAGCGGAGGGGACGGAGACGCGGCGUGGCAGCACGCUCAGCUCUUCAGACAGAGCAUGAAGGAAACCGAGACCUCUUCGUUUGAGAUCCUUGUGGAAAUGGAGGACGCUUGACGAGAGACUGGCUGGCCAAUUCUGCCUCUUCAGACGUGAGAAGGAAUGUUUGAGGGUGGGAGAGAUGUGUCCUCACUUUUUAUUCCCCUUUUUAUUUUUAUGGAUUUUUACGAGGGAGCUUUUAGGAGGCGGUUACACUCAGUGAGCACUUCAUCAGGUGCACCUCCUCGUUUCUACACUCACUGUCCAUCUUAUCAGCUCCACUUACUGUAUAGCUGCACUCUGUAGUUCUACAGU